UGCCUGCUUUGCUUCGACACGCUGCCCGACAUAAUCUAGACGCUAUGACAGACGUCGCGGAAUCCUUGUCUUUGAAAGUACAAGUGGGGUCACUUCUAUCUGAGUAUGCCUCUCUGGUUCGACAAUACUUUACUGCCGUCAACAGUUUGAUCGAAACGCCUAAUUUACCUAUCGAAAACACUCCCGACUACAUCACAAACCGGAUUCUUGCAGUGGAUGCAAAGUUACAGCAGGCAGUUAAAAAAAUUGACGAACAUCAGCGACAACAUCAGCAGAUCGUCGCUAUCCAAGAAGACAUCAAGGCUCAGAAUGCAUCACUGUUAAUGGUGGUCAAUCGAUUACAGGAGACGCGAUCGCUUUUAGCAGAGACUCUCAGUGGUGCACAAGAGGAGCUUACAUUAAUGAAGAAGGCAUCGGACGCGAACAUGAACUUUAGCGAUAUCCUAUCGUACGCAUCCAAGCUUUCAAAGUACACAUCAGCACCGCCCAACUUCAACAUGAUGAAAGAUAUGAAGGUCGAUUUCGAAAAACCAUACCCUGAUGAAGAACGUAUGCGGCGAGGUAUCUUAUAUUGGCAACACGUGCCACCUGAGCAACAAGCUCAAGAGACUUUCGAUAAUUCGUCGAGCGAAAGCAGCGAAGAUGAAGAAGGCCAAGAUGAUGGCAUGGGUAAACCAGCAGCUGGUGGCGAAGAUAUUCAUAACGAUGCAUUCUGGGAGCUGGAUCUCAACCCUGACCUUCCUUCAUAAUGGAGAGACACAUUGUCAACAGCUUAUACCAUCCAUCCUCCAACUAUACAGACAUACAAUACACACUUUUUUUAUUAUUUCGAGAUAACGCUGUUUUCACCCGAAUAUCAUACUUUUCAAUUGGACAUCAACUAUUAUCAAAUCCUUGCACGUUUCUUUCAUUUUCGUCUCAACCCGGCCUCCAACCACACCUGCAGCCCGGAAGGAAAGACCAUCAUCAGGAUUGCAAAU